GCUCCCACAACACCUCGGUCCCUCACCCCCCUGCAGCUUGGCUAGUAGCUACUCUACUCCAAGGGCAUGAAGAGCAGGAAGGGCUACCUGCUGAGCCCGGUGGGCAGCCCUCCGUCGGACAACGAGUCCGGCGCGGCGGCGGCGGCCGGGUGCGGGAGCAGCGCGGGGUACGGCGGCGGCGGCGGCGGCGGGGACUCGCCGGCCAAGGAUCAGGGCCGGCUCCUGCCGAUCGCGAACGUGUCGCGCAUCAUGAAGCGGUCGCUGGCGGCGAACGCCAAGAUCUCCAAGGAGGCCAAGGAGAUGGUGCAGGAGUGCGUGUCGGAGUUCAUCAGCUUCGUCACCGGGGAGGCCUCCGACAAGUGCCAGCGCGAGAAGCGCAAGACCAUCAACGGCGACGACCUGCUCUGGGCCAUGACCACGCUCGGGUUUGAGGCCUACGUCGGCCCGCUCAAGUCCUACCUCAACCGCUACCGCGAGGCCGAGGGCGAGAAGGCCGCCGUGCUCGGGGGCGACGGCGGCGCCGCGGACGACGGCCCGCUCGGCGCGGGCGCCAUCGCGGCGCCCGGUGACCGCGCGGGUCACGACGCCGGCGCCUCGGCGGAUCACGUCGGGCUCAUGAUGGGGGUCGGCGGCGGGUUCGGCGCCGCGGGCGGCGGGACGUCGUACUACGCGGCGGCGGGGAGGGCGUACGGCGGGGACGGGUCGAAGGUGGUGGAGUUCGACGGCGAGGAGGAGAACGGCCGCGGCAUGCAGAGGGGGUUCGGCGGCGGCCACCUCCACGGCGCCGUGCAAUGGUGAAGGGCGCGCCGUAGCUGUAGGUGUAGGAGGCGACAAGCGGCAUGUGCCUCGUAACUAAACUUGCGUACUAAUGAACUGUUGCCGCUCUGCCGCUGUUAACUAGCAGUUUUUUCCCCCCUACUUUUCAUCGAAUGUUUAAUGAGACGAUUUGAAUUUGAGUUUAAUUUGAAAGAUUUCUCUUGAUUCGGAAGGAA